AUGAAGGUCACAUCAUUGGUAUAUGCCGCUAUGGCUACUUCUGUUUUGGGUCAGAACUCUACAUCUGACGAUGUUCCAUCUGGGUGUUCUCUUGGUAGCAGUGCUACUGCUACUGCACAGUCUGAUCUGGACAAGUACAGCGGGUGUGAGACCAUUGUUGGUAACUUGACCAUCACUGGUGCUCUUGGCUCUGCUGCGCUAGCCGGUGUCAAGAAGAUCGAUGGUUCUUUGAGAAUCUACAAUGCCACCUCCUUGGGCUCUUUUGCUGCUGACUCCGUCAAGGAGAUCACCGGUGCUUUGAACAUGCAGGACUUGACCAUCUUGACCACUGCGUCCUUCGGUGCGCUGGAAGAAGUCGACACCAUCAACUUGAUCACUCUGCCAGCCAUCUCCACUUUCAACACUAACUUGCAAUCCGCCAACAACAUCGUCGUCUCCGACACCUCUUUGGAGUCCGUCGAAGGUUUCGGCUCUUUGAAAGAGGUCAACGUCCUAAACAUCAACAACAACAGAUACUUGAACUCUUUCAAGUCCUCUUUGGAAUCCGUGUCAGGUGCUUUGCAAUUCGCCUCCAACGCCGAUGAAACCGCCGUGUCCUUUGACAACUUGAUCUGGGCCAACAACAUCACCUUGAGAGACGUCCAAAACGCCUCUUUCGCCAAGCUGGAGUCCGUUAACGCCUCCCUGGGUUUCAUCAACAACACCAUCUCCACUUUGAACUUGACCCACUUGUCCAAGGUCGGUCAAUCCCUAUCCGUUGUCUCCAACGAUGACUUGACCCAGUUGUCCUUCUUGAACUUGACCUCCGUCGGCGGUGGUCUGGUCGUCGCCAACAACACUAACUUGAAGACCAUCGACGGUUUGAAGAACGUCCAAACUGUCGGCGGUGCCAUCGACAUCACCGGUAACUUCACCACUUUGGACUUGUCCUCCUUGAAGUCCGUCAGAGGUGGUGCCACUUUCAACACCGUCUCCGGUAACUUCUCCUGCUCUCCUUUGAAGUCCCUACAAAGCAAGGGUGCCAUCCAAGGUGACUCCUUCGUCUGCAAGAACGGUGCUACUUCCACUUCCAUCAGCAUGUCUUCCAGAUCCCGCUCUUCUUCCGCCUCUUCCUCCGCUUCCGCUACUGUUACCGCCAGAUCCAACGACACUGCUUCCACUUCCUCCACCAAGACCAAGAAGUCUAAGGGUGCCGCCGCCCAAGAAGUCUUCCCAGCCGGCUCCUUCUUCGGUGCCGUCGCUGCUGUCGCCGUCGCUUUGCUAUGA